AUGAAUGAUUAUGAACUGCAAAGACCCAAUUCGACUGGAACUGAUAAAGCUGCUAGGCUGCUACUAUCCAUUACCUCCUCCACAAAGAAGGCUGGAAUAUUAGUUGACAGUAUUAACAGUUUUGCUGAUAGGAAUUUCGGUGGGGAUCCACGCAGAAAAGUGCCCAGUGUUGCGAUUGAGCUGCAAAGGCUCAGGAAUAAUGAGGAUGAGGAUUUCUUGAGACUGUCUCAAGGAAUGAAGGAAUGA